AUGGCAAUAGUGAUCACAGAUGCCACUGACGACGAUGUUUCCGUGUAUAAAAUCAUCGUGGCCUUUGCAGUCUGUGGAACAGAGUGUGUCAUUGGCAUCAUUGGAAAUGGCUUUAUCACAGCCAUGUACGGGGCUGAGUGGGUUAGAAACAAAAGACUCUCCAAUAGUGACGGCCUUAUGUUGAUGCUGAGCUCGUCCAGAAUCUUGCUACAGAUUUGGAUCAUGCUGGAGAUUAUUUACAGUCUGCUGUGUCAAGGCAUUUACCACCAGAACAUAAUAUAUACACUCUUCAAAGCCAUCACUGUGUUCCUGAACUACUCCAACCUCUGGUUUGAUGCCUGGCUCAAUGUCUUCUAUUGUCUUAAAAUCGCGAAUUUUACUCACUCUUUGUUCUUCCUGAUGAAGAGGAAAAUCAUAGUGCUAAUGCCUCGGCUUGUGUGUUUCUCAAUAUUGGGUUCCGUCAGCUUGAGCACUCUCUUCUUUAGUGACAUCUUCAAUGUAUACGUGAAUAAUUCCAUUCCUAUCCCUUCCUCCAACACCACGAAGAAGAAGUACUUUUCUGAGACCAACGUGCUCCGCCUGGCUUCUUUCUAUUACCUGGGGAUCAUCAUUCCUCUGAUCCUGUCCAUCCUGGCAGCCACUCUGUUGAUUGUUUCACUCAAGAGACACACACUGCACAUGGAAAGCAAUGCCACGGGCUUCAGUGAUCCCAGCAUGAAGGCUCAUUGGGGGGCAAUCAAAUCUACCAGCUAUUCUCUCCUUCUCUACAUCAGCUAUGCGGUUGUUCAAUUUUUUUCCAUGACAAACAUCCCUGACACAUACACUUUCUGGGAUUCACUGAGCAAAAUUGUCAUUGCUGCCUACCCAGCUGGCCACUCAGUGCAUCUGAUCUGGAACAACCCUGGGCUAAGAAGAGCCUGGAAGAGAUUUCAGCACCAAGUCCUUCUUUAUUUUAAAGGGCAGACUCAGUGA